UAAUUCGAAAUUACGAAUUCACGAAUAGGCUGUCGUAUCGUAGUAGAACGCCGCUUGCAAACCGGCAGAGAAAGUUCAAGACCUUACGUCAUCAUGUUUGGGGAAUCCCCUACCACUGCCAAUGUCCACCGCGGCCAUGUUACAAAUAAAAUAGAAGAGUAGUCGAGUCAUCCGGGCUAGAGCGGCCACAGUCACUCACCAGACGUACAGGAUCUUGCCUGGAAAUAUGAAUGAAUAAAAGGAAUAAAUUGAAGCAGUAGCUCUACAAAGGACAGUGAACAUGGAUAUAAGUAAAGAAACGAAUGAUGCAGGUUUUGCAGAACUUAAGUUGCUGGUGUCAAAUUGGUAUGACAAACACAUAUCUAUCAAUAUGCUGAAAGUUUUGUACAGGGACCAUGUAAAAGAUACUUAUGCAUUACAUGAGUCUUCUAAGACAAUGGAAUUAAUUGAUAUGUUGAUUAGUUCAGGAAAUCUGAGUCCAAAUAAUCUCACUCUCCUCUAUGAUACUAUAAAGGCAACGGAGCAAUUUGGUCUGGAACAAGAAAUUCACACUCAAAUGCCAUCAUUCAAAAUUUCCAAAAGUAUCAGGGAUAGUGUAAUUACAAAAUUCACACCACAUCGGCAAAGACUUGUAAAGCUGGGAAUGGCGCUCACUAAAAGUGAUGUACGAAAGAUUAGUGAACUUUAUGAUGUAAAACAUACAGAUAGCUGGAGUUUGAUUAUGGACCUAGAACACGACAUGGUCAUUUGUGAAGAGAACAUGACAGCAUUUAUUGAAAAGUUGAAGAAACUCAAAUUCCACCAAGCUGUGAAAGCUCUAACAGAAGACAUUCCAAAGCCACCAUCAAACUCAGGACAAGCAAGUGACAUUCCAAAUACAUCUUCAAACUCAGGGAAUAGUUUUGGUGAAGCUUUCCAUUUAGGAUUAAAACGUCGGAGACUAGAUGAACCAGGACAAAAGACUCCUCUUGAUAUGGUGAAUGAACUCUCAGAAAAUAUUGACAGGUUGUCAGUAAAGGAUCUUCCAGAAUUUUCAACACAAUUUAAAAGAAUUUACAUGUAUCUCAAAAACAUAAAUUUGCAUAUUGAUGAUAUAUCCAAGGGAUCUAUAGUAUUUCAUCUUUCUGUUUAUGAUCCAUAUGCAUUGAUGAAUUUAUGGGAAAUACAUUCAAGCGGAGAACUAAUAAAAGAUUUUGCAAAGUUAAUAGUCCCAGACGAUCUUCAAGGGGAUUUUAUUAAAGAAUGGAAGACAGUAGUUGAUAGGGAAGAAUAUGAAUCUGCCCUUAUGAGGCUAAAGGAAAGAGUUCAAUAUGAUUCCUUCUAUGGCAUCAUAAGUGAUGAAAUUGAAUGGGAAAGUCAGAUGGUGGUGGACCUAACACAAAGAAGACCAGAUUUCAUAUUUACUAUCCUCAAACAUUGGAGGUUAAGCAGACCUGAAGCUAUCAAUGAUUUAAUAGCAAAAAGCAGGAAAGUAAUCAUUGCAUUUUCACCAAAACCAUUGACUGAAUAUUCUAAGUAUGCUGCACACAGUGUUGUUGUAAAAAUGCUUGAAGCAAAAGCACUUGAUGAUGCUAAGAUAAUACCAGUCAAAAUUUCAGAAGAUUCUGCUGUACCUCCUGUGUUUGCAUCAUUUACUGUCAUCAAUGCCAGUGAAGAACAAUUUGUUGAUAAACUUUUGCAAGACUUAGAUGAGUAUGUUGAGACCCGGCCACCAAAAUUACAACCAGAAUUCCAUUUACAGGACGAAAAAGCCCCAAUAUCAGAGGUCUCUGAACUGUCAGUAAUCCCAGAAGUAGAAGAAUGUGCUCCAUACUUCACUAAGGAACUUAAAACAAAGUCGAUUGCUGUAGAUGGAGAAUCUACAGAAAUUCUUCAGUGUGCAGUUGCUGGCAUACCUAGACCCCAGGUUACAUGGUAUUUUGAUAACAUUGAGAUUACAGAUGUGACAGCAUAUACUGUCAAACAUACAGAGGAAGGCAUUUGUGAAUUACAUAUUCAAGAAUGUAUACAGGAAGAUGAAGGUUAUUACACAUGCAAAGCAGUUAACCAUCUGGGUGAAGUUACAUGUACAGCACAGCUUCUGGUGAAAGAGGAGACAAAAAGUGUGACACCUGAUGUGCCAUCCCCUGCCACUUUCGAAGAAACAUCCACAAAAGUAUCAAGUGAUGAACAGAAGACACAGGUAGUGGGAACAAGUAAAAGGAAAAGAAGUUUACCAACAUGGUCAUUCUCUGAACCUUUUAAAGGAAAAUCUAAAGGAAUUCUUAAGUAUCCUCCUGAUGUUGGAUUAUUUGCACAUCUUUUUGAAGACCUUAAUGUUGAUGCACAUCUUUUUGAAGACCUUAAUGUUGAUGCACAUCCUUCUGAAGACCUUGAUGUUGAUGAAAUAACUCCCCUUACUCGUCCUUGUCAUCAUCCAUGGUCCCUGGCACAUCCUUCUGAAGACCCUGAUUUUGGAUUAUCUGCAUUUGAAGGAAUACUUGAGGAAUUAUCAGGAGAUAGUGAUCGUGAACAUGAAAUGCAACUUGUAACACCACAAAUGAGAAAACAAAAAAAACAGAGAACAUCUGAAGGAAUACUUCAGGAAUUACAAGGAGAUAGUGAUAGCAAACUGGAAACACAACUUGUUCAACCAAAAAUGGGUGAGUUUAUAAUUUACAGAGAC